AUCUUGGCGAGCGCGUGCGCACCCGUGGGAAAAUCCUCGAGACAGUUUUGCGCGUGGCAUUAGAUCUUCACCUGAGAUAAAGGAACAGUUGAAACACCACAGUACCCCGAAGUUGGACUUUUGGUCUGACUUGGAAGUUUCAGUUGCUGGAAAUUCAAUAUUGUCCAGGUGCAUUGGAAGGUGCCUCCUGACCAAGGGGGCGUGAGAACAUUAUUCGCCCACGAUGAGAGCGCUUUUCCCGGUUUUUGUGUAUUGCAUCAGCCUGCUCUCCUCACAACUGCUGGCUCUACCGGUGAGAAACAGGUUGGACUUCAUGACAAGACUCCAUCAGCUAAGAGAGGAAAACACCAUCUCUCCAGAUGUUACUGAGCACCCAAACACUGACCAUGGCGUCUCCAUCGACCGCACCAUUCUAUGGAGGGCCAUUCUCUCCAAAUCACCACCUUCAGAUCCAACAAGAAACCAAUUCCACAUCGGUCAGCCAAUAGCAGGAGAGUCCACCAAAACGGGAGAGAACCCAAGACACAGAGGUCGUCGCAACGUGCACUCAAAAGGCCACCACAACCAUCAUCAUGCCCAACUGAUGCGUGUCGGAUGCGUCCUCGGUACCUGCCAGGUACAAAACCUCAGUCAUCGCCUUUACCAACUGGUCGGGCAAAGUGGACGCGAAGAGUCGCCCAUUAACCCACGCAGUCCACACAGCUACGGAUGAGUCUAGAGAGACGUCCGGCUAAAACUAAGACCAAGAAAACAGCGUUACACAUAUCUGUCCUGGUGUUUGUCUAUUUUAUUGCAAUAGGAUACUGCUGUAGUACUCUUUCCUCCUCUCUGCCUUGGUUUUCUGGAGUGUAUACUGUGCCUUUUUGGACAGAAAGGACCUCUUGUUACUUGAUGGCGAAUUUUGAAUUUGGUGCCUCUGAAACACUUUGACCCUGGCCUCUCAUUUUUUGGUACUCAAACAGAUUCUUUAUUUUCAUAUUGUCGUUAAGUCUUCAGAUAAGAGAUUAUUCCACAUUACGUCCCGACUCAUCUAAGGCUGUUAACUUCUACACCACUGAUCAAACCGGCUGAGCCUUUAAUGUGGAUUUCUGUCAAUGUGAGGCUCAUGUGUUCCAAAAAACUCUGAACCCUCUCACCUUGUGUCUCCAAAAGGCUUUUAAGAAGAAAGCAGACUUCGGAGGUGGUGCAAGACCACCAUCUGAUACCUUGUCACUUGAAUAGCUACUGCAACUUUGGGUUUAAAUGUUGGGUUUUAGACAAUGGCGAAUUGUCUGAAUUUAUAAACACAGUGGUCCCUUGGUUGAACCCGCAUAACAAUACAGUAGCAAUCGCCGUAGAAUCCGGAUUAACACAUUGUUGCUUCUCCGUGUGCUUUGAGGUCUGGCGCCUGACAUAUUACACUUCACGUGGUUCAUAAAGUCACGAGAAUGAGUUAUGAUCCGCAAGGUCUCAGUUUCAACUCCUGCUGGGCUUUGCCGCAUUUUAUAAACAGAAGCAAGACUUUUCGGAGCAUUUCUAAAUGAUGGUCAUAACUCACCCAUAAAUACCCAUAACCAAGGUUACAGCUCCAUAAUAGAGGCUAAAACUAGCUUAAGGGCUGCUUGAAAACCAUUUUGA